AUGUGUUGUGUUGCCUUUGCGGCCUCCGCUACUACUGUUAUUUCUCAAACCGAGGAGCAAGCUAAGCUCUCGUUGCACACCACCAACGUGUACAACAAAAAAUCGCCAGUCGGUAAGACUACUGAAGCAGUCUUUGAUUGGGACACUUUCAAGUUUGCUCCAAUCAGAGAAUCACAGGUUUCCCGUGCCAUGACCAGCCGCUACUUUAAGGAUCUUAACAAGUAUGCUGAGUCUGAUAUCGUUAUUGUUGGUGCUGGAUCUGCCGGCUUAACUUGUGCCUAUGUUCUCGCCAAGUCUCGUCCUGAUUUAAAGAUUGCAAUCAUCGAAUCUAAUGUUGCUGUUGGAGGUGGCUGUUUCUUGGGUGGCCAGCUUUUCUCAGCUAUGGUUCUCAGAAAGCCUGCUGACAGGUUCAUUAAGGAAAUCGGACUCGACUAUGAGGAUGAGGGUGACUUCAUUGUCAUCAAGCACGCAGCUUUGUUCAUUACGACCAUCUGCUCGAAGGUUUUGUCUCUUCCAAACGUCAAGUUGUUUAAUGCCACUGCUGUUGAGGAUUUGAUCACGAGAAAGUCUGCAACUGGAUCAACCAGAGUUGCUGGUGUUGUCACCAACUGGACUUUGGUCUCAAUGCAUCAUGAUGAUCAGUCUUGUAUGGAUCCAAACACUAUUAAUGCCAAGGUUGUCAUCUCCUGUACUGGUCACGAUGGUCCAAUGGGUGCUUUCUGUGUCAAGAGAUUGGCUACUCAAGGUUUGUUGGAGCGUCACAGAAUGGGUUGUCUCAAUAUGAACUUGGCUGAGGAUGCCAUCGUUAAAAAUACCAGAGAGGUCUUCCCAGGUUUGGUUUGCGCUGGUAUGGAGUUGGCUGAGUGUGACUCUUCAAACAGAAUGGGUCCAACAUUUGGUGCUAUGAUCCAGUCUGGUGUUCAUGCUGCUGAGGUUGCUUUGAACAUUUAUGAGGAGAGAGCCAAGCAGGACAAGGAGGAGUACUAA